GUGGGCGGCGCAAGCGUGUUUGUAGUGUCUGAUUGGACGGCCAGCCGAACCGUCUCCACUCUUGAACACGCCAAAUGUCUGAUAGUGGAGCCGUCCACCGAGCAGCAGCUGGAAAGGAAAGUGCAAUCAGGCCAAAGAAGCCCGGAGGCCCGUACACUACACUAA